AUGUCAGGUGAUUUCCUAACAGAAAAAUCAGACGAGGUCUUCAACGUAAACUCUCGCUCCAGAUUCGAAGGUUUAGCCCUUCUAGAGGUUUAUUUUGUGGUAUAUAAACGAAUCUGGAGGCAGGACAAAGCAUCAGUUUCCUUUAGAGACUCCAUCAAGAUCAUCAUGGUUGCCAAGGUCGUCUUCGCUCUGGUGGGCUUAGUUGCCCUCGUGGCUGCCGACAGCUUCGAAAGCUUCGAAAGAUACUCCCGCCCAAGGUUCUCCUCAGGAUCCGCUGAGUCCUUCGAGUCCGGCGAGGCUCGUUACAACUUCGACUGGGCCGUCAACCACGGCCCCUCCCGCAACGACUUCGGACACCAGGAGGCCGGGGACGGCGAGAACACCCAGGGAUCCUACUUCGUCCACCUCCCCGACGGCCGCCUGCAGAAGGUGGCCUUCCGCGCUUCUGACGACGACGGAUACAUCGCCGAGGUCACCUACUCCGGUGAGGCUCAGUUCCCCGACUCCUUCGAAUCCUACGAGUCCCGUGAGGCUCCCAGGAGGUUCUACUAUGGCUCCAACGAGUCCAAGUAAAUCCUUGAAAGGACACGAGCGAAAUAUGCUUCUCAGAUAAACCCGCAGAUCCGAAAGACUUGUCUGCUGCUGGCAACCACCAGGUCUUCCGAUGUUAUGUAUUUAUUAUUUAUUAAAAAGCAGAUAUGAA